GUCAUUUAACGUAUUACGGCGGCCGGUGUCGUACAUUUUGCAGAAUCACCAUGGCGCUGAAAGAGACUGCUGGGCUAUACGAGAAUCUAAAAUCAGAGUGGAAUAAGAAAAACCCCAGUCUGAGUAAAUGUGGAGACCUUCUGAGCAAACUUAAGGUUUCAUUACUGGAGCUGAACUUCUUACCUACCACUGGGUCUGCGCUCACCAAGCAGCAGCUCAUUUUAGCCCGUGAUGUCCUUGAAAUCGGAGCAUUGUGGAGCAUCCUCAAGAAGGACAUCCCAUCCUUUGAGAGAUACAUGGCCCAGCUCAAAUGCUACUACUUUGAUUACAAGGAGGAACUUCCCGAAGCUGCCUACAUGCACCAGCUGCUGGGACUGAACUUGCUCUUCCUGCUCUCACAGAACCGCGUCUCUGAGUUUCACACAGAACUUGAGAGACUGAGCGCACGAGAUAUUCAGACCAACGUAUACAUCAGACACCCAGUGUCCCUAGAGCAGUACUUGAUGGAAGGAAGCUACAACAAGGUCUUUCUAGCCAAAGGCAACAUCCCCGCAGAGAGCUACACCUUUUUUAUAGACAUUCUGCUCGACACAAUUCGUGACGAGAUCGCAGGUUGCAUAGAGAAAGCCUACGAGCAGAUCCAGUUCAACGAAGCCACGCGUGUGCUUUUCUUCAGCACCCCGAAAAAGAUGACAGAGUAUGCCAAGAAGAGGGGAUGGAGUUUGAGCCCAGAUGGCUAUUACUCUUUCAGCAGCCAGCAGCAGCGGACAGAGGAGGUGACUAUCCCCUCCACGGAGCUGGCACAACAGGUCAUCGAAUACGCACGACAGCUGGAAAUGAUUGUGUAAUCCGCCCCCAGGAACACACUCAGACAUGUACAAACACACUCAGACACACACGCUGCUGAUCCAGUGUACACCCAGUCUAAUGCUCAAAUGCUGUCACCCUGAGGGGUAAGACUUCUUAGAGGGGGUGAUUUGUUGCCCGUACUCCUUAAAAUGUUUUUUUUUUGUAUUUGAGUGAUCAGCAGAUCAUCCUGUCUUGAAAUUAGCAUUCUUUUUUUAAAGAUGGGGAUACAAAAGGGAUCACAGGUGUAUUGCUCCAUAUCUAACUCUACAUUAAACUGAGCGUUUAUUGGGUUAUUCCCAGCUGGUCACCACUGGGACUCGGCUCGAUUACAACUACAGGAAUGUGCAUACCAAACACGACUCUGUGCUUUUUCUGUCACACAUCAACUCAACAUUCUCCCCCUUAAAUUUAAGCCAACUCUUUUCUUUUUUUUUUGUAUACAAAGUUUUUCCUUAGUAGAGCUCACGGAAAUGUGUUGCCCUUGCCUUGUAUCCUAGCAACUCCCAGAAUCACCAUUGCAGUUUGAGUGUUUUCUAAAUGGUUAAGCCCGUUCCUCCUUACAUGGUUUGUAAUCCAGUUGAUAUUACAAUGGAAAUCUUUCUCUGCAAUAAACGAUUCAGAAAACAA